AUGUCUAACCCACAAGAUCAUCCUGGUUCUCCUCCACCACAAUUACCCUCAAAUUCAUCCUCAUCUACUCUUCCUAGUGAAUCCCCAAAACCUAGGUUUCGAAGGCAGAAAAUGUUGGCUAAAAAAACUGUAGCAUCUGGGGAUCUGAGAAAGGUUUUAAAUGAAAGGUUGAAAGCUAACCAAGUGAAAGAAAGCCCAGCUCCAAAUUCUGGUUCCAGUUCUGAGUCUGAAUCCUUUCAAUCUGCGACUGAGGGGGAAGGACAUAGGUCUUUUGACUCUGAGAAGACUCAAGAAUUCCCUACUGAGGUAAGUACAUCUAUUGUUGAAAACUUUGAAACUAGGUUUGUUCUAGUAGGACCCAUUAGGGAUGUUAAGCUGGCUAAGACGAGUAGGAGUGUAGGUAAAAAGAAGUCUGAAAAAGGAAAAGAGAAAGAGGGUGCAUGUAGUGAAGAGAGGGGAAAUGGGAAGGGAGCAGUUCUUGCUAUAUGUGGGGUUGCACAUGAGAGGUUAGAAGAGAGUGACAUGAAGUCAGGGGGAAGUGGGUCUGGGGAGGCUGCUGAGGGGUUGUUUCAUCUGAGCAAAAGUAGAGAUGAACCCGUUCCAUCUACUGAAGAGACCCUAGCUGAUCUACUGAGAAAGAUUGGGACAAGUUAUGACCCAAAGAAACGCAAAGCUACAACACCAAAAGCCCCAAAUGUUCCCAAGCCAUCCAAGAAAAGAAAAACUUCAUCCCCAAAACCUACUGCCUCUUCAAUGCCUAAGGGAAGAGCCACAAGAAGCAGGGUAAAACAAAGUGAAGUUGACUUACAAAAGGCUCUAGAAUAA